CUGUAAGGAGGGUAGGCGUUACUGUGAUGUGGUGACUUCCUCACCUCGUAUCCAACUCAUCUUCUAUUCCAUGUGAGCUCCUAAAUCAUACCUGAUGGCUCCUCUGCAAGUGACCCUCAUAUGGGUCAUAUAUGUCAUUGUGAUAGCCGUUGCGAUCUUGAUAGCUUCGUUCCUCAUUCAUGCCUAUCAGACCCCUCGAGACCGCUCGCAAGCUGUGACCUUCACUUGUAUCCUUACCAUCACAAGUCUUCUCGCAACUGUCCUCUUACUGCCAGUCGACAUUGCUCUGGUCUCGUCGGCGACGCCCUCGACGCUAGGUCAGAGGGAUAGCUGGGCCACUCGGGAGGAUGUCGAUAAGGUUCUCUUUUCUCUGACUACUGUAUACUAUCUACUCUACUCCAUUGAUGCCACCCUAUGCCUUUUGGUUAUUCCAUUUGUUUAUUUUUGGUACGAAGAAUAUGAUGAGGUGGCCACGGAAGCCGGGGAACAAUCAUCGGCGCGACGACACUGGGCUGCCUUCAAAUAUACAAUCUCUUUUAUCGCAAUUGUGGCAGUGCUUCUUCUGGCCGGCUCACUUAUUCCUUUGCCAAACACCGACCAUGUCAAGGAGACUGAACACCUUGCGGAGUCCUUGGUUCGCAACCGAGGCGAACGGGCCCUUACUUUCCUGGUCGGUGUACUCAUGACGGUUGGGGUGCCUUUGUAUAUCCUAUAUACAUCCACGGGUCUUGCUCUCCUCCCUCUACUGGUAAUCAAAGCGGCACCAAACGAGACAUGGAAAGCCGCUAUCGACGUGCAACUUGAAUCCAACAAAGAACGUCAACGCCAGCUAGACCGGCGCUGUGGAGGCAACCCUGAGCUUUUGCCCUCUAAAGAUCGUAGAGAAUUGGAUGCCCUUGUUAGAGAGGAGAGGACUUUAAUACGGCGCCAGCGCCUAGCAGACGAAGCGCACACGGAGGAGAUUCGCUGGAUAGGUACAGUAUGGCUGAAAACAAAGGCUAAAUUGCGUCCGCUAAGAGUUUUGGGCGGUAUUGUCUUGUUUCUAACAGCAAUUCUGACCUUGGCGUCUAUGCUAUCAACAGAUAUCGACAAAGCUACCAACUCGCUCUGCAAACACCGUUGCGGAUACUCCAUCAAAAAUAUGCAUAUAUUUAACCCAAUCGAUUGGCUAUUAGCUCAGUCUGCCAGGGCUUUUCCAAUGGACUACAUUAUGUUCAUGAUCCUCACUUCAUUUCUCUUCUGCAGCUCGGCAUUCGGGAUUGCUACAAUCGGCAUUCGAUUCCUCUGGAUGACGAUUCAUCAGAUCAGAAGAGGCCAUACACCUCCACAGGCUCUUUUACUGACAACGGCGGUUUUGAUGCUGACCGUUCUUACAUUGAUCUACUCAUUGUCUACAAACGUGGCCUCGCAGUACGCAACAUUUGGCUCCCAGACUUUCUGCGAUCGCCCGGCGAGUUCUGAAGGACAGUCAACUUGUUCGGAUAGCAAACAUCUCAUCAAGCGAUGUUCAGACGCAGCGGACAAUAUAGCUGCGAAGCGAAUUUGCACGCCAAGUGUUGCUAGCACCUUCAUCAACCAGGUGAUAACGAAGUUUCCCUUCUUUGGUGUGAUCCUUUUCUGGUCUCAGUUCAUAUUCAUAGGUGUUUAUGUGCUUGUCCUGGUCACGUCCAGCGUCCGCUCUCCACAACAAGACAAGUCUUUCAUCGACGAGGAUGCCGAGGAUGCCGAGGAGGAAAGUCUACUAGCAAGUACUGGGAGACGCGGUGAUGCUGGUUUGAAUGACAUCGUGAGAAGAAUGGAUAGGCAGAGCGAUAUUACAAGUGUGCGGUAGUAUUUCUUUAGUAUUUCACUUUAAGCAGGAACUCACGAUAAUUGAGCGUAUAGAGAAGCGCC